GGGCCCGCGGCCGUGGGCCCCACAACGCCGCGCUCUCCCCGCCGAGGCGGCCGAGGCCCCGUGGGGCUCGCAGUGCAGGGCGUCACUCCCCAGAGGAGGGGGCCCUUCCGGAAGCCGUUGUCGCAGAGGAAGCUGGCCGUGCUGUUCGGGCGGGAGGGCUUGCCGAGUCCCGAGGGAGGGCACCCCGAGCUUGCCGUCGACGCGUCGCCCCGGUCCACCACCAGCCCAGCGCCCAGACCACUGCCCCCGACUCCGGACACCGCCGGGGCCGAGCCGCCCGCGCCUGCACUGUCUACACCGCCACCAGGACCGCCACCAGGACCGCCACCAGGACCGCCAGCGCGUUGCCCUUCUUGCCUGCGCCACGGCGUGCCGCGCGCCGCGCACGCCCCCUGCCCCUACGAGGCGUGCCGUGACUGCUGGCUGUGCCGCGCCGGGUCUUCUUACUGCAGGCUGUUGGAGGAGCACGGGGUGGACAAGCUCUGCACCGUGUCGCUGCGGGCCCUGCAGGUGGACUCCAUCGUCGCCGCUCCGAAGCCUCGCCAGCCUGUCCUGGAGGACGUCCAGCCCUCGCACCAGGAGCCUCUACUUGCACCGUCGCUCGCCGUCCUGGAAGUACGACAAGAAGGUCGACAGCCUCUACGACCCAUCUUCCGGCGGCAGUCGGAUUCGGAGCUUUGCCGGCCGUCAUGGCGGACGCCCUCGCCGCGGCUGGAGCACUCACUUCACGCCCAGAGAGGGGCACCCGGCUCGCCCGCUUCGAACCGUGCGACCCAGCACGCCCAGCACUCGACGGAGGCCCUAGAGAAAGCCGCCUCGCCCACGCCCGUGGACGUGCCCCUGACGGUGCAGACGGGCGGCGACAUGGAGUUGCUGGUGAGCUCCGCGGUGCGCGCCGCCCUGGACUUGCUCAAGUCGCCCGUCAGCAAGCCGGCGGCCAUCGUGGCGCCGCAGCCGAGGCCGCCGAGGCCACAGCCGGCGCCGCAGCCGCGCGUGCUGGGCCCCAUCAAGGUGCGGCGCAGCAGCGGCGGCAAGGACCCCUUCCUGUCCAGCCUGCUGGUGCACAGCCCCAGCGGCCCCAGCCCUGGCAGCCUGGGCAGCCGCGGCGUGUACGUCGUGUUCAAGUCCAAGAGCGAGCCCAGGAAGCCUGUGCGGAAGGUUGCCGGCCAGAAACGCAUCCGGCGCCAGUCGGCUUCCCCUUCGGACCUGGACCGCUCCGAAGACGUGUUCAGCUUCCCCAGCGGAGAGGAGAACGAGGCCGAGGGACUCAGGGCGCUGCGCGCGCUGCGCAAGCGGCGCCGGUCGCGGCCGCGCUGCGCACGCUGCUGCGUUCACGACGGCGCAGUGUUCGUGAGGCGCCACGGCGAGGACAUGUGCCCCCACCGGUCCUGCACUUGCAGCAAGUGCGAGUUCCUGCAAGGCCUGUCCCAGAGCCUCAUGCCCAAGUCGCCUCGCCCGCGGGCACCUCGUGGACUACACACAAGUCAAGGAAGAGAUCGUGCGGCCUCCUCGCCACGCUCUGCUGCAUUGGCGCUGAGGGUGUCCGCGGACAACGUGGCAUCGGCGACGGUUGCCAGUGCAAGCGACAACGGGACGCUCUUCGCAGCCUGCCACCCUGCAUUGCCGCCCCGGCUGGUGUCCGAGACGAGAACGGAGUCGACUCCGACGGCGACCGCCAGCCCCGCGCCGCCAGCCCUGCCCUGUCAGCACGCUGCGUCCCCGGGCAGCAACACUUACUCGCUUACUCAGCAGGAAACGGAGUCUCUGUCCGAAAACGUGAUCCGGCCCUCGGCAACCGUCGAGCCAUCUGCUUGUCCGAUGCCGCCAGGUGGGCAGCUCGAGGUCGCUGGCGUGGAUGCGAGGGUGGACGACGAGGAGGACGGCGCCGACGACGACCUCGUGCUGCACUUGGACUGGGAGGCGUUGAUUGAGGCUGACGACCUCGUCGCCACCAUGGAGGACGGUUUGCCUGCACCCACCGUGCAGUCCCCCACUGUGAGUGCUUCAGACGCAGACGAAGCCGAAGAACUCCCUGCCGACCCUUCUCCCGCUGCCUCACCCUCCACAACGGCCCCGUCGCCCCCCGCCGUGACUCCCACGACCCCCUUGCCGGGCCCCGAGUGCCCCGCUUCAACCAUUCCUUGCCAGACUGCAGACACCACUUCCCCCGUUUCCCCCUCAGUUCCUCAAGCCACUGAAGAAGACGCCCCCUGUGCAUCCCCCACACCUGCCGCGACUGUCGCGGCGGACGAAGCCACCGAAGCCACCGCCAGCGUCAAGGAAGAACAUCCCAACUGCAUGGUGGCCUACAUCUGCGACGAGAACGCCAUGGACGUGCACUGUUCGGAGUACACCUGCCCGUGGUGCGGCAUGGCGUUCCCCAGCGAGGCGGCUGCCGAAACUCACGCUCUGAAGCACGCUCAGAGUGAGGACGACGACGUCAUCGAAGAAAGUACUUUCACCAACCCUCUGACCGUCAAACUGGAGCAGGACGACGAUACUGAUGAUGACGAGACCGUUGAAGUUGACGAGGCAGUAGAACGUGACGAGACUCCCGACUUAAUCGAAGAUUUUUGUUAUCUUUCCGGCGUGAACCCUGUGCUGAAGUUGGAGAGCGACGACAUAGUCGAGGAGUACUUUUCGCCUGCGGUGACCCCGGUGACCAUCAAAUUGGAAGAACCCGACGGCGGUGACCUCGGCAUCGCAGAGCUGGAGAACGACAGCCUCAGCGUCGAGGAUCACGUCAUCAAGGAGGAGCCCCUGGUCGCGGCGGAGAACGCCAGCCCAAGCCAGGCAAGCGAAGCAAGCGGAGCCCCGGCCGCCGAAACACCGACACCUGCAGCCUCCUCUGCCGCCUCCCCUGCCGCCUCCCCUGCCGCCUCCCCUGCCGCCUCAGUUCCAGCCGGCGCACCAACCACGGCCAUGGGCAGCACUACGGGCUAUUUCAGGCAGAUGCAGGCAGGAGUCAUCCAGGUUCACCGGAUUGUUCCACCUUCUAAUGUCAUCCCCCAAGAGAGAUCCCUUGAACUCAAUGACCAGCUGAGCCGAUUUUCACCACGGAUGCCGGGGCAAGUUCAGCUGCGCUGGGAUGGCAGUAAAAUGAACUGGGUGCUCGCGUUCCCGAGAGUGACAACUGCGGCGCCUUCACCCACGCCGCCCACAUCGACGUCCACGUCAGCUGCCAUGUCUGCCCCAAGACUUCUGCGUCGGGCAGCGGCCACAUCGGCGGCUACAUCGGCGGCUUCAUCGGCAGCUUCAUCGGCGGCCAAAUCGGCGGCCAAAACGGCGGCUACAACGGCGGCUACAACGGCGGCUACAACGGCGGCUACAACGGCGGCUACAACGGCGGCCACAACGGCGGCCACAACGGCGGCCACAACGGCGGCCACAACGGCGGCCACAACGGCGGCCACAACGGCGGCCACAACGGCGGCCACAACGGCGACUUCAACGGCGGCCACCUUGGCGUCGACGUUGACAUCUAACCGAGCCAGGCCCAGAAUAUUGUCUAGGGUGGCGCAGACAUCUGCUUGUAAAUCUGCGCCCGCACCUGUGCCCACGUCUGCUCAUAUCUCUGCCACCACUUCUGCGCCCACAUCGGCCCCCACGAGGGCGUUGUCGUCUGCGGCGAGGGUAUCCCAGCCCUCGUCAGCGGGCCUCUCGCGGGUGCAGCUGCCUGUUGUCGAGCAGCCCACGUGCGUCGACUGCCCCAAGUCCGUCUUCCCGUCCAAGGUGGCCCUGGCCAGGCACCGCCUGACGCGGCACGCCGUGGCGACGUGGUUUCGCUGCCCGUGCUGCAGCGAGUCGUUCGACUCGGCCACGGCGCAGCGAGUGCACGUGGCCACGACGCACGCCCUGCCCUCCACGUCGUGCCCCAAGUGCCUGGACCGGCUGCCCUCCACCUUGCUGCUGCGCGCCCACCAGAUGCUGGUGCACGAGGAGACGGUCCCGGAGGGCCUUCCCUGUCCCGCCCCGCGCUGCCACGCCGUGUGCCGCACCCUGGCCGCCUUCAACAAGCACAUGGCCUCGCACCCCGACCGCGCGUCGCUGCUGGUGUGCUACUUGUGCCGCGCCUCGACCGAGACCGUGGAGAACUUGCUGCGCCACGUGCGCAGCCACGUGGACGAGCUGCGCGACCUCCACUGCAACGUGUGCGCCGCCUGGUUCCCGGCCGCCGACCUGCUCCAGGCGCACGUUCGCCACGCCCACGGCGGCAGGCCCGUCUUCCAGUGUCCGCAGUGCCCCGCCAAGCAGUACACCAAGGGCCACUUGCUGACGCUGCACAUCGCCAAGUGCCACCCGCUGGCGGACUGCUCCCACAAGUGCGUGUGCGGGUUGGGCUUCUCCGCCCCCGACGCGCUGGUCCGCCACGCGCGCGUCUCCCUCCACGAGGCGUCCGAGGUGGUGAGGGCCUACAAGGAGCGCGGCGACGACGGUGUCUUCUCUUGCGGCGUGGAUCGGCUCGGGGUGGGGUCGCUGAUGUCCAUGGGCCGGGUCGCGCACCUGGUGACGCUCAUGCAGGACGCGGCGUUGGUGCAGCGGGACCUCGAGGCCUCGCGCACGCCAAGGACGCCGACGGGGACGCCGACGGGGACGCCGACGGUCACCACGAGGGCGUCGACCUCUCUGAAAACGGCAGCCACUCUGACUCGGCGCUGAGAGCCACUGAAGCAAUCCAGGCCUUUCAGCGACCUUCCACUCGGUCUUUUCAACACCCUACCCUUUCCAAGCAAGCCAGUUUGGAUCACUGAUGUUAAAUGCAUUAGCAGUUUUUGUUCAUUUUAGACUGAACAUAGUAUUGUGGUUGUUACAAAGUUGCGCUGACUGCCAGACUGCGUGUCCUGUUGUACAGUAUGUUUAUGUGAUUGGAAGUGAUUUACUGUCUGGUAUGAAUCACCAAAGUAGACCCAUCAUGUUGAUUUUUGAACAAGUAAGAUCAUAUCAAUAAAGUUGAUAGACAUAUCUAUAGUUGGCUUUAAAAUUAGAGCCAAAUAUUUAACUUAUUUUUUUGUUGACUAACAAUUGUUAGAAAUCUGAAGGCAUUCCUCCAUUGUGAAGGAGAAUGCACCACAAGUCAAAUUCUGUGAGAUGAGGAUUGUUUUAUCUUGUUUUGUUUUUCAGGGUAAGAAUUGUCUGAAAGUCUUAAUGACUCUGGUUGUUAAGUUUCACACCGUUCAAUGUUUCCCAAUGAACUUCCAUAUAAGAGUGUAAAGAUGUUUACCAUUUUUGUUCUCUUUUGGUGUCUGUGAUAAAUUCUCUCAUUGUAUUGAAUUGUACUGAAGUCAUAUGUUUUCUUAACAUUUCUCUUUACUGACAAAAUAUUGCAGUAAGUAAGUCUGAUAUUUAUUUGUAUAAGUAUGUAUAUUUAAUUUAUUAAUUUGAGUUGUGAUGUUAUUUCUAUUUUAAAUGGUCUGGAGGAGAUGUAACGAAAUACAAUGUUAUUACAAUUAGCAAACAAA